UAAGUCAUUUGUCGAUCGCUUCCACGUGAAAGGAGCAUCAGCCAAUCAAAAGCCUUUACACACAUAAGGGUAUUUCCUCAUAUCUUUCUAGUUUUGUAGGCCACGGAUACUAUUUUACUUUGAAGGGAUCUGCGGUGCUACAACACCUCAGAAAACUGGAUACGCACACAACGUCAAAUUUUUCCUAGGACGGCUUUUCCGGACGCAGUACGUGUACUGUACGACCUUGGCCUGAGAAUCGACCAUGGAUCUGGACGCGGUUCAUGAAAUGAAUUCUUUCGGUGACCAGACGAUGGUUCACUCCACCAUUAUGGACGAAAACAUCCCUUACGAAGCUGCCUAUAGCUAUGAUGAAUUGUUUCCAUCUCUUCCAGAAAAUGAAAUCAAACCUGAAGCACCAGUGGAUAUGGGACAAUGGACUCAGAAAAUGAAAAUGAAAUCGACUGUUAUCACUCAGGUAUUCCAUGUACCUGUUGAAGAACGUAGGUUUAGAGAUUUGAACAACCAGCGCUUUGGAGAACAGGGUGAACAAGCUAAAAUCUGUGGGGACAUCAUGCAAAAGACAGGGGCUCAUAUUGAAAUCAGUUCAUCUAAGGAUCAGAGCCUCACCAUCUUGGUCACCGGAAAGGAAGAAGCAGUACUUAAAGCACGUCGGCUAAUUCUGAAAGAACUUCAAACACAAGCAAGCAUCAGUAUACCCAUCCCAAAAGAACAUCACAGGUUUGUCCUUGGGAAAAGUGGUAAAAGGUUGGGUGAAUUGGAAUUAAGUACUGCAACGAAAAUCAGUGUACCGCGCCCAGAUGACGACUCGGAUUUAAUUAAGAUUACUGGAACUAAAGAAGGCAUUGACAAAGCUCGGCAUGAAAUUCAACUCUUAUCUGAUGAGCAGGCUAAAUUUGCAUUUGAACGAUUGGAAAUACCCAAAAUUUAUCAUCCAUUCAUCCUUGGACCAUUCAAUGAGACCAUUACUCAGAUCACUAAUGAAACUGGAGCUAGAAUUAACAUUCCACCUGCCUCUGUAUUAAAGGAUGAACUAACCAUUGCUGGAGAAAAGGUUGCUGUUGCUAAGGCUAAAGAAAGAGUUCAACAGAUUCAUGAAGAAAAGAAAAGAAACUGUCAGUCUGUAUCUGUUGAGGUCCCCAAAUACCAGCAUAAGUACAUAAUUGGACAAAGAGGUCAAACAAUUCAAGAAAUUUUUAAAGAAACUGGAGUAUCAGUGGAAAUGCCUGCUACAGAUGUACAGUCGGACACCAUCACUCUUAGGGGUGAACAGGCUAAAUUAGGACCCGCUUUGACUUAUGUUUAUGCUAAGGCUAACAGUGUAAAAAAUGAAUCCAUCAAUGUUGAAAGCUGGCUUCAUAAAUACAUCAUUGGAAAAAAAGGAGCAAAUAUCAAGCAUUUAACUCAAGAUCUUACAAAGGUUCAAAUUGAUUUCUUGGAUGAUCAUAUUAAACUAGAGGGUCCUCCAGAGGAAGUAAAAACUGCCCAAACAAAGUUGAUGGACAUGAUUGAGAAUUUGCGGAAACAGCUGGCUUACGAGGAAGUCAAAGUCAAUCCUCUUUUCCAUAGACACAUCAUUGGUAAAAAUGGAGCUAAUAUUAACAAAUUGAAACAAGAUCCUAGGACGCUUAUCAAUAUCCCAUCUGAUGGUGACAGUGAUAUUAUUCGCGUUGAAGGAAAUGCAGAAGAUGUUGCUCAAGUUAAAAAAUCUCUUCUGGAAUUGGCUCACAAAAUGGAAAAUGAAGUGUCAAAGGAUCUAGUAAUCGAACAGCGCUUCCAUCGCAAUCUUAUUGGUGCCAAAGGGGAAAAGAUUAGGGAAAUUAGAGAACGUUUUAAUCAAGUUAAUAUAACAUUUCCAGAACCUGGUUUAAAGAGUGACAAAGUAUCCAUUCGAGGGCCUAAAGCUGAUGUUAAUGGAUGUUACAAAUAUCUCCAUCAAUUAAACGAAGAAAUGAAACUCACUAAUUUUAGCGUUGAUAUUCCUAUUUAUAAACAAAAUCAUAAGUUUAUUAUUGGAAAAGGAGGUGCUAACAUCAAAAAGAUUAGGGAUGAUACCAAUACAAGAAUUGAUCUUCCAGCUGAAGGGGCAGAUUCUGAUGUGAUAACCAUAAGGGGUAAAAAGGAAGAUGUCCUUAUAGCAAGAGAUAAGAUAUUAGCAAUACAAGAAGAAUUGGAUCAAGUGAUUACUAAAGAAAUAAUGAUUCCAGCAAAAUUGCAUAAUUCCAUAAUCGGUACAAAGGGCAGACUCAUCCGUUCUAUAACUGAGGACUGUGGAGGUGUUACAAUAAAAUUCCCUACUGGCGGUACUGGCAGUGAUAAAGUGUCUAUUCGUGGUCCAAAAGAUGAUGUUGAGAAAGCCAAGAAGCUUCUGCUUGAACUUUCUAAUGAAAAACAGCUAACCAGCCACACAGCUGAAGUAAAAGCUGAUCCGAAACAUCACAAGUUUUUAAUUGGAAAAAGUGGUGUCAAUAUUAAAAAGGUUCGCGAUAAAACUGGGGCUAGAAUUAUUUUCCCAAGUGAAAGCGAUGAGGACAGAGAUGUCAUCCAUAUCAUUGGUAGGAAAGAAGAGGUUGAUGCUGCUAAGAAGGAAUUGGAAAAUAUCAUUUCUGAAUUGAAAAAUACAACUGAAGAUAAAGUCCGUAUUGAUCCAAAACAUCACCGGCAUUUUGUUGCAAGACGUGGUGAGGUAUUGAAACAAAUUGCCGAUGAAUUUGGUGGUGUUAGCGUGAGCUUCCCCAAGAUUGGUUCAGAUAGUGAUGAAGUCUCUCUAAAAGGAGCUAAAGAUUAUAUCGAAGGAGCCAAAGCAAAAUUGCUGGAAAUCGUUCAAGAUUUGGAUUCCAGAGUCACCAUGGAAUGUGAAAUUUUACAAGAACAUCAUCGUACAGUUCUGGGAGCUAGAGGAAUAAAAGUUCAGAAUAUUCAGAAAGAUUUUGAUGUUACCAUUAAGUUCCCUGAUCGUGAGAGAAAUGAUGAUUCUGAGAAACCAGCUGUCAAUGGCGACUAUCAUUCUGAUUCUGAAUCAAACAAGCAGAAUAUAAUUAUCAUAAAAGGAAAGAAAGAAAAUUGUGAAAAAGCUUGCCAAGCUUUGUUGGAUCUUGUUCCCACCACUGAAGAAAUAGAAGUGCCAUAUGAUCUUCAUCGUUUCAUUAUUGGGCAGAAAGGAAAAGAUGUUCGAAGUAUGAUGGACAUGUACGACGUUAACAUCAUCAUUCCACCUCAGAAUGACCAUUCUGACACCAUAACCAUCAAGGGUCCCCCCGCCAAUGUUCAGAAGACGAAAGUGGCUCUGAAGGAGAGAAUUGAACAGUUAGAACUGGAGAAACAAGAUAGGCUUCUGAGAAGCUUCCAGUUAUCUUUUGAAGUUGAUCCACAAUACCACCCCAAAAUAAUUGGUAGGAAUGGAGCUGUGAUUACAAAGAUUAGAAAAGAAUUCAACGUUAACAUCAACUUCCCAGAAAGAGAAGGGGCUAGUGACAAAGUGAUCACUGUCACUGGAUAUGAAAAAGAUGCUGAAGCAGCGAGAGAUGCUAUCUUGAAAUUGGUUAAGGAGCAGGAAGAUAUGUACAAGGAGGAAGUUAAAAUCGAUGCUCGCAUUCAUUCCCGCAUUAUUGGAAGUCGUGGUCGAAACGUAUUGAAAAUAAUGGAUCAAUAUAAAGUGGACAUCAGAUUUCCCAGACAAAAUGAUCCAGAUCCAGACGUGGUCGUUAUCCAAGGAGAUGAAGACGAUGUUUUGGAUGCUAAGGAUUAUCUUUUGAAUUUGGAGGAAGAAUAUGUUCAAGAUAUGAAGGAAAGGGACCUGAUGCGCCAAUACACGCACCCUCCUAGUCGUAAUGGGACCCAUGACUCCGAUGAAGGUCAUUACAAUGACAAAGGAUUUGUAGUAAAAGGUGCCCCCUGGGACAAGAAGAGUGCAGCUCCCGACACCACCAACACUCAAGAGUUCCCGUCCUUCGGUACAGGGGGAGAUGUGCCACCCAAGCCCGUUGCCUGGGGUCCCUCACGCCGUUAAAAAAAGAAAAAAGAUUUAUUUUUCUUGCAAUUGUCCUUCAAACUUCUUGUCGGCAUAUUAUAAAAGUUUAGGACUUUUGCAUUAGAGUUUUGAAUCUCCUAGUGCCACAACCUCUCUCUCCAAAAAAGUCCUCCUAAAGGACCAUAAAAACAAAAUAAAUAAAUGAAUUUCUGCAAUUCGGAAAUGCUUGGGGGUGAUGGUUACAAUAUUUUUUUAGCUGUUAUACCAUGGGUAGGUUUUUACCUUCAGUGAAAAAAGCCAAACGUGUAAUUGUUUAUGUAGAUUUAUUUUUAUUAAAUAUUUUCAUGUGUAAAAUAACAUGUAUGGAAGAAGAAAAAAAUCUUUUUAAACCGAUUACAUGGAACCACUGCAAUUUGAACAAUUUGUUUGUAAAGCAAUAAGAACUUUGAAACUUUUUUAGUGAAAAACAAAGCGGAAAAAAAUAUAAUAUAUAAAAAGUUGAGUAUUGUUAAAUUAUCUUUUAUUUUGAACUGUGCUGCAUUCUAGUGGUGAUUAUCUGAUUUAAUUCAGUGUGAUAAGGUGCUAUAAAUGUAUAAUUUUGUAACAUAAAGAAAUGGGGGGGACAUAUGAUUUGAUUGCUGAGCAAUAGAUAAGAUCGGAAAUGAAAUUUCUGCAUAUCAAGUUUUAUUUUGAGGUGUAGCGCCUGGGGUUGUUAUAUUCUGCAAAAUUGAGUCUUACUCGAUUCUGCAGUUUAUUAUUACCAGAUAAAUUCUUUGUAUAUUCCUUCAAUAUUGUAUUAUAUAAAAAAAAAUGAAAUAAAAGAACUCUUUCCAGUA